CUCAUAUCCCCACUAUAUAUAUUCUUCCACAAAACCCCCAAGAAUAAAUAAAUUUAAAAACACACAAAAAAGACCACUCUACUUUAACCCUCCACUCCUCCAAAUUCCAUUUGAUCUCCUUUUUUUUUUUUUUUUUUUUCUGUUGACCGAAAUUUCCCUAAUUCCAGAUACCCGUUUGAGAAAAGUUUACGAAUUGUGCAAAAAAUUGAGUCUUUUUUUGUGGGUGUGAAGUUUUGUUAAUGGUUGUUAAUAUGAUCAAGUGGAGGCCAUGGUUGCCACCACUUCAGUCCACAAAAUUUGAGGUUAAAAUUGUGGUUUUUUCGAUUAAAGGGUUAAAUUUAAUUGAAGAAGAUGAUGAAAAGUAUAAAUUCAGGGUGGAGAUUAAAUUUAAGGGUUCUAAAUCAAAUGGGUUUAAAUCAUUGAAGAAGAAGGGUGUGAAGAAAAAAAAUUCAAGGGAAGAAGGGUUGGGUCAAGACGGUGUCGUUGAGUGGGAUGAGGAAUUCAAGAAAGUUUGUGAAUUUUGUGGGUCUAAGGAUAAGAUUGAGGGUGUUUUUCAUCCUUAUGAAGUCUCUUUUGUGGUCUUCUAUGGUUCCGAUAAGCGGGCAAACAAGAUGGCUCCUUUGACAGCACCUGCUGUACUGAACCUUGCCGAGUUUGUUUCUCUUGAAGAAGAUGUGAAGGAGCUUGAGAUCAACAUUCCUCUGUCAAUCCUCCAUUGUGGUUUUAAGUGCAGCCCCUCUCUCUGUAUUUCUCUUAGCUUGAUGGAGCUGAGAACAACACAAGAAGUUUCAGUUCAAGUGCAGAGACUAACAAUGUUUGCUCCAUUAUCACCCUGUUUUGGUGUUUCUCCUCUGAUAAAGAAAGAUGAAGCUUCUCCUUGUCAAUUCAAUCUAAGAAAAGUUAAAAGCUUGACAGAUUUUGUUUCAUCUAGAAAAUUGAGGAAGGCAUACCAUGGAGAAGGAAGUUGUGACAGUAAGUUCUCUACUGGAAGCGAGGAUUCAGAAAACCCGUUUGACACAGACUCAUUUGGUGAUACCGAUGAGGGUGAGUCAGAGGAAAGUAAAGAGGAUAUUGAUGUUCAAAAGUCAUGCAGUUAUGGCACUUUAGUCCAUGCCAACUUCGCUGACUUAGGAACCAAUUACGAGGGUGAUGAUUUGGUUUAUUACGGAAGACAUAAGCCAAAUAUAGACAGCUCACUUGCUCAUGAUUUUGACACAUCAAUCUCUGAGCAAAUAAUCCAGAGGCAGAGUCCAAAAUUUGGUAUUUCAUGGACGAAAGGGAAAUUGAGUUUCAAAUCUCGUAGAGUCAAAGGAGAACCCUUGCUGAAGAAGGAUUAUGGCGAACAAGGUGGAGAUGAUAUUGAUUUUUAUCGCCGGCAGCUUUCCUCUGAUGAAUCCUUAGGGCAAUUUGGCUCAGUGGGAAGUGGAUCAUUCAUCUCUGAAUUUGGAGAUGACAACUUCGCUGUUGGUAGUUGGGAACAAAAGGAGGUACUGAGCCGUGACGGGAGCAUGAAGCUUCAAACUCAAAUCUUCUUGGCUUCAAUUGACCAACGAAGCGAAAGGGCGGCUGGUGAGAGUGCCUGCGCUGCUUUGGUUGCUGUUAUUGCCGAUUGGCUCCACUCCAACCAAAGAGAAAUGCCUAUAAAAUCUGAAUUUGAUAGCCUCAUUCGAGAAGGCUCCCUUGAAUGGAGGAAUCUCUGUGAGAAUGAAGAUUACAGGGAAAAAUUCUCUGACAAGCACUUUGAUCUUGAGACUGUAAUUCAGGCCAAAAUCCGCCCACUCUGUGUGGUUCCAGAGAGAUCUUUUAUUGGUUUCUUUCAUCCUGAUGGAUUGGAACAGGAGUGUUUCGGGUUCCUUGAGGGUGCCAUGUCAUUUGACAACAUAUGGGAUGAGAUUUGCCGAGUUUCAUCAGAGCUAAACUGCAAUAGUGAACCUGUGGUGUAUGCUGUGAGUUGGAACGACCAUUUCUUCAUACUGAGGGUUGAUUGGGAUGCCUUUUACAUCAUUGACACAUUGGGUGAAAGGCUUUAUGAGGGAUGCAACCAGGCUUAUGUUAUAAAAUUCAACAAUGACACAACCAUCGAAAGAGUAGCUUGUCAAACUUCAUCAUCAGAGGAUGGAACAAUAUCAAAGGAACAACCACAAGAUUCUUCUGAAAGUGUUCAAGGUUUAGAGAAGGUGAUUUGUAGAGGUAAUGAAUCCUGCAAGGAGUAUAUAAAGAGUUUCUUGGCUGCCAUUCCAAUAAGGGAGUUGCAGAUUGACAUGAAGAAAGGAUUGAUGUCUUCAACCCCACUUCAUCAUCGACUACAGAUAGAGUUUAACUACACUAAGCAGCACUUUUUUCCAGAGUAUAGAGUUUCAGAUAUGGCAGGUGAUGAUCAUGUACCAGCAACAAUACUGGUGGCGCCUGUUGUACCAGCAUCAAUGAUGACAGUUGUUGUUGCAUAGAAUAGAAUUUAAGAGGCAUUAUACAUAUUCUUCAUUCUAACUCUUUUUUUUUUUUUCUUUUUUAGAUUUUGAUUUCCUCCACCUUUUAUAACAGACUGUUAUCAUUAUGUGUAAUUACUCUUACUAAGCCCUGGAGUCAGUGCGUUUGCCCUCUCAAGAUCAGGGUAAUCUUUUGCACUUACAAGUGGGAUACAUCAUACAUAGGUGAAAUGUUAUGCAACUUAUUACAUGAUAAUAAAGGUGUUUUAAUUUUGCAUGAUACAAA